AUGAGCAGCAGCAACAGCACCUCCGACCUCAGCGACGAGAAGCUUAAGGACCAACGACGCUCGACACCAACUUCACGGCGCUGCCCUAGCUGCGACCAUGAGCUCGACUGCAAUACGGACAUGGUUGGGUUUCCAGCCGGUGUCAAGUUUGAUCCGUCGGACCAGGAGCUCAUAGAGCACCUGGAGUCCAUGGUGAAGGAAGGAGGCUCCAGAGCACACCCCCUCAUUGGUGAUUUCAUACCCACACUUCAAGGAAACGACGGCAUUUGCUACACCCAUCCUGAGAAUCUCCCAGGUGUGACAAGAGAUAGCGUCAACAAGCACUUCUUCCACAGGCCAUCCAAAGCCUACACCUCUGGCACAAGGAAGAGGAGAAAGAUCCAGUCAAAACGCGGUGACGAUGUUGGCGAGGCGCAGUGGCAUAAGACCGGCAAGACACGUCCAGUAAUCGUUGGUGGUCGGCAGAAGGGGUGCAAGAAGAUCCUGGUGCUGUACAGUAACUAUGGAAAGCAAGGGAACAAGCCGGAGAAGACCAACUGGGUGAUGCACCAAUACCACCUCGGCAGGGAUGAGGAGAAGGACGGGGAGCUGGUCGUGUCUAAGGUCUUCUACCAGCAGACGCAGCUGCGUUCUACCGCAACAAUGAUGGAACAGAACGAUGAUGGAAAGGUAGAAGUGACCUCAGAGGCCAUGAAAGAUAUGCUCCCUGGGUGUGGUGCGGAAGCCGCUGAAACUGCGGACACCAUGAUACAACUGCAGCAGCACCAACAGCAGAGGCAGGCUGAUGGCCACAGCAGAUUUACUUCUGCCAAGAUGUCCCGUGAGGUAAUUUGUUACUAG